AUGACAUCGCGCCCGCCAGCCGCGGCGCUGCCGGGUGGCGACUGGUCGUCCGAGCCCGCCGACCCACUCUACCCCUCUCCUCCACGGCGUUCGCUGUCCCCACCCACCCCACCCUCUCCGACAGCUAAAGAGAAGGGCAAGGCCCGUGCGGGCGCGGCGCCGGGUAGCCCACUCCGUCCGCCGAGCGCAACGGCCUCGCUGGGCAGUAUGCUUGAGGAGGCGCUCCACUCGCCACUCGAUUUACCCUCCCCCUCGCAGUCUCCGCGGUCCUCCAAAUCGCUCCCUUCAUCCACGUCGCCUCAGGCCCCACCCUUCCUCGCCCGACCACCACCAGCACAUCACGCUGGCGCGGCCGGCGUCGGUCUGCGUCCCCGCCUCAUGACUCGCAUAUCGAGCACGUCGGCACCGACAGCCUCCCUCUCUUUCGCCAGUGCAGACGAAUAUCAUCCCCGCCCGCGGGAGGUAUACGUGUCCACGACCGAGGAGCACCGGCAAUGGGAAUGGCGCCCGAACGCGGCUGGACCAGCACACUUCCACCAACACAUGUUGAUGGAACGACAUGGCGCGAGCGUGUUUCCCGAGCUCGAUCCGGCGACGGGCCUGCCGCUCACACGACAGGAAAGCGUGGAGGAGGACCGGCAUGUACAGCGGACGAUCUCGGAGCAGUGGCGGCGCGGAACGGACCCACCCAAGCCGCUCUUUGGGAUACCGAGCAUGCCGAGUCUCCCGACGUUCAAGGAGGUGCGGAGUAGUGUGGACGGACAGCGACGGCAACUGAGCACGUCGACGAGCGCACUGGCCCAGCGCAUGUUCAGCACGAGCAAGGGCCGUAUUGACAGCAUGCUCUCCGAGGAGGAUCAGGCCCCGACCAAGGAAGAAGAAUCCGCCAAGCACAUGGUCAAGUACCGGACGCCGCAGAACCCGAUUGUGCUCUGUCAUGGCUUGCUUGGCUUCGACUUUCUCGGGCCGGUCAACCUCCCCUCCCUCCAGAUUAGUCAUUGGCGAGGAAUCCGUGAGGUGCUCGAGAAGAAUGGGUGCGAGGUGCUUAUAUGCCGCGUCCCUGCUACUGGGAGUAUCAUGGAACGCGCCGAGGUGCUGCAUAACUCAAUCAAGGACCGUUUCCCUGGGCGUACGGUCAACUUGAUCGCGCACUCGAUGGGUGGUCUCGACUGCCGCUACCUCGCGUCGCAGAUCAAGCCAAGCGAGUUCAACAUCUGUUCCUUGACCACGGUCAGCACGCCGCACCGCGGCUCGCCGUUCGCCGACUACGUGAUCGACAACGUGAUCGGCCGCGAGAGAUUGGCCCAGCUCCUGGGCAUCAUGCAGGCGAUGGACUUGCCCAACUCUGGGGAUGGCGCGGCGUUUACGGCCCUCGGGACACGUGCUAUGAAGGAGUUCAACACCGAGGUCAUCGACCACCCAGACGUCAAGUAUUACUCGUGGGGAGCGUCGUUCGAGGCAGGUCUGUUUGACACGUUCCGCUGGCCCUGGUCGGUAAUCUACGCCAAGGAGGGGCCAAAUGACGGCAUGGUGAGCGUAUCGUCCGCAAAAUGGGGCGAGUAUCGCGGCACCCUGCUUGGCGUCAACCACCUCGACUUGAUCGGAUGGGUCAAUCAGCUCAACUAUAUGAUGUCGAGCCUGACUGGUAGGCCGAUCGAGUUCAAGCCCGCGACGUUCUAUCUCGAGAUGUCGGACUAUCUUGCCGAGCAGGGCUUCUAG